GCUCCCGUUGCCCUGCGCGCGGCGGGCUGGCAUCGGGCCCGGGGAGAGCUGAUCAGUUCGGUGUGGCACUGUUUGUGGCUGAGGCGAGGGAAAAACGGAGACGGAGACAAGAGAACUGCACAGGAUCAGUGGAGGGCUUUUCAUUUUGAAGUAGGACUUUUUAUUCCUGAAAGCAAAGGAAAGAGGGGGAGACGGUUUUGGAACUAUGGAGAUUGGUAUGAAGAUCCUCCUGCACGUCUGCUUCGGAGUCUGAGAUCACUGAAAGCAAGGAAGCAAAGAAGAAUUUUUUUCUCAUCAGUAUAACUGGUCUAAACGUAUGCUUUAGGGGUGUUUCACCAAGCGAAAGGAUAGAAGAGGGAACGUCUUCAUUCAUUCCAGGUCUACUUCCGGUGGCAGCUCUACUGGCCAUUAAGGGGUUAAGCACCGUUGCCCAGACACACCACCCUCUUUCCUAGCCGGAGUAAGCCCUUUUCUACAUUGCUCUUGCCUUAGCAGGAGUGAUUACAUGGGCCGCGUUAUAGACGUGGGCUGGGCAACUGCAGGGCUAGUGAUCUGGGCUGGUACCUGUUACUGCAUUUACCGAUUAACCAAGGGAAGAACUCAGAGUGCGAGCAGAUUUGCCAGAAAUGGGUCCAGAAUCGAGACGGAGAGUGUGGUUGGGGUACAGAACCAGGCCUUGGCCACGGAUGAAGCCAUGGCUGGAACAGAAACUGAGACUAGAGCCAUGACUGAACCAGGAACUGGAGAAGGAGAUGAGCCCGUGGCUGAAGUAGACACCGAGAUCCCUGUUCUAGUUAGCCACAGUAUCAACUGUCAGGCCAAGGCAAUGCUUGAGGAACAGAUAGAGACUCAUUCUGGGACCAGUUCCUUGGUGGAAGCAAUGGUCAUGACAGAGGCAGUGGCUUUCACUGAAGCCACAGUCCAAGCCAAGGAGGUGACCAUGAAAGAGGCAGUCACACAAACUGAUGGUGAGCCUGAGGAAUUAGGCAAGAAAGAGGCAGUGACUCAGACCAAAGUUAACGCUUGGGCAAUGGCUGACAGGGCAGAGGUCAAGAAAGAAGCAAUGACCCAGACCAAAGCAGAAGCUUGUACAUUCACUGAAAAAGAGACAGAGAUUAACAGAGUAACAGUGACACAGAGUGAGGUCUUGGCAGUGACCAAGGAAGUAGUCACGAUUGGAACCAGGAAUGAGACUGGAAUCGUGGCAGAAGCCACAGUAAGAGCACUGGAAGAGCCUGUGAGUGUGACUGGGACUCAGUCUGAGGCUAGAGUUGAUGCCACAGUUGACAGUGAUGGACAUCCCAGUGAUAUGCCCCUCAUAGUGGCUGGAGUAGACAUGAAGUCCUCUGCGCAGCCUCAGACUGUGGCCAUAAUCCAAAACGCUGGCAUGUCGGUUGAUGAGGCUGAUGACAAGGGGGACGGCCAAGCCACAUCUAAGGCAGGCUCUGGGGUAGACACAGAGGCUUCUUCUCAGCCUCAUGUUGUUGCCAACGUUCUGGCUGAAUCCUCGCCAGGGACAAGGGAUGAGGUUUGUGAUAAUCCAAAUGACAUUUGUGCAGCGGAGGCAGAUAUGAGAGCCUGUAUAAUACAGCCCGAGACUGUGGCCACCAUACAGGCUGAGGCAACGCCUGGUGCCGUGAUCGAUGGUGGAGAAGAUGCCAGGGUUGUGUUUAAGACAAUGACUGGCGCAGACAUAACUGAUACAGAUCCUCAAGCUGUAGCCAGCGAUCAGACGGAAGCCAUGCCUGAUGUCAAGGUUCAGAGCAAAGGUAAUAGCAAUGGCACGGCUAAAGCAGGGGCCAAGGCAAACACAAAAAACAAUUUGCCUGACACCGGGGAGAAAACCAGAAGUGAUACCAAUGACGGGGCCAAGGCAGAGCCUAGUAUAGAUGCGGCUUUUUGUCCUCAGCCCGAGCCCGUGGUCAAUGUUCAGGGUGAAGACUUGCCUGACGACAAAAUCAAGCCUAAGGACAAUGCCAAUACCACACCUAAGGAAGGAGCUCAGACUGUGGCCCAGAACCAGGGUGAAGCCUUACCUAGUACUAAAGGGAAGGCUAGAGGCAAAGCCAAAGCCAAGUGUAAAGCGGGAGCUGCGACGGACGUGAAAACUUGUGCGCAGCCUCAAGCUGGGACCAAAACCCAAGCCGAGGCCUCGUCUGAUUCCAAGGUUGAUAGCAAAAGUGACUCGAAUGCCGUUUCUAAAGCAGGGGCGAAGGCAGACCAGAAAGCUUGUGGUCAGCCGCAGCCUGCGGUCAAUUGCCAGAAUGAGGCCUUGCCUGGUACUAAGAAUAAGGCCAAGGGCAAUUCAAACGCUACGCCUAAGGCAGAGACUGGGACAGCUACAGCAGGUUCUGCCCAGGCUAAUGUUGUGACCAGUUCCCAGGGUGAGACCGUACCUGGUGCCAAGAAUAAGGUCAAGGGUAAUCGUAAUUCUGUGCCUAAAGCAGGGGCUGGGCCAGAUACUACGGGUUCUGCCCAGUCCCAGACUGCAGCCAAUUCCCACAGUGAGGCCUUACCUGGUGCCAAGAAUAAGGUUAAGAGCAAUCCCAAUGUUGUGCCUAAGGCAGAGGCUGGGGCGGGUGCCUGUCCCCAGUCUGUGGCCAUUUCCCAGGGUAGUGCCUUGACCGGUACCAAGACUAAGGUCAAGGGAAAUUCUAGUGCUGUAUCUAAACCAGAUGCUGGGGCAGGUACAGUGGGCUCUGUCCAGGCCAAGGCUGUGGCCAAUUCCCAGGGCGAGACCUUACCUGGUUCCAAGGGUAAGGCUAAGGGUAAUUCUAAUGCCGUGCCUAAGACAGAAGCUGGGGCAACUACAAUGGACUCUGUUCAAUCCCAGGCUGAGGCCUUGCUUGGUGUCAGAAAUAAGGUCAAAGGCAAUUCCAAUUCUGUGCCUAAGGCAGAUUCUGGGGCAAGUACAAUACUGGCUUUGGCUUCUUCCCAGGCUGAGGCCUUGCUUGGUGCCAGAAAUAAGGUCAGGGGUAAUGCCAACACGGUGCCUAAAGCAGAGGCUGGGUUGGGUGCAAGGGGCUCUGUCCAGUCCCAGGCUGUGGUCAGUUCCCAGAAUGAACCUUUGCUGGGUGCCAGGAAUAAGAUUAGGUCCAAUGCUAGUACUAAAUCAGGAGCCAAAACAGGGACGAGGAGCUCUGCUCAGCCCCAGGCUGUGGUCAGUUCCCAGAACGCAGCCUUGCUUGGAGCUAGGAAUAAGGGUGUGUCCAGUUUGCAGGUAGCAGCCCCUGCAGACAAUAGGAUCUAUGCGAUGCCGGUCGCAGACAAUAGGAUCUAUGCGAUGCCGGUUGCAGACAAUAGGAUCUAUGCGAUGCCAGUCGCAGGUGCUGUGCCUACCACAGAAAUGGUGAACGUGGUAGCUGCUCAGCCUAACAUGCACGAUUAUUACUGGAAUGGGAUUGGUGUCGAGGACUGGCUUGCUGCUGAGCAGUGGAUCAAAUUUAGAUUUCAGACCAUAGAUGGAGACUGGGAGAAUAGUGUGUCCUGGACCGAGGAGGAGAAUGCAGCCAGUGUUGGACCCUGGACUGGGGCUAAUGAUAAGUCUGGUGUUGUUAGUUCCUGGGCCGUGGCUUGCGAUGAUACGAACAUCAAGUCUUGGACUGGGGCUAGGCCUGAGAAUGAGGUUGCUCUUGGGUCCUGGGUAAGUGCUGGUGACCAGGUCAGUGGAGGUUUCUGGACAGGAGCUCAGGCUAAUGAAGGGGUCUGGGUUGGGGACAAGGCCAGUGCAGUUUCCUGGACUGGGGCUGAGAACCAGAUCAGUGCAGGUUCUUGGGUUGUCUCUGGAAACCAGGCCAUUGCAGGGCCUUGGGCUGUGAGUCAGGUCAGUGAUGGGUCAUGGCCUGCAGUCCAGGCCAGUGGAGUGUCCUGGGUUUUUGACCAGACUACUGGGACCUGGACUGUGGCUGAUAACCAGGCUGCUGGAGUGUCUUGGGCUGGACCUGGCAACAUAGUUAAUAUUGGAUACUGGACUGGUCCUGUAGACCAGACCAAUACGGUGGCCUGGACAGGGACUGUUGUUGAUCAGGCUGGUGGUGAGGCCAAGCCAAGGUUUGAAGAUCAGGCCAGUGAGAAGGCGGUCUGGGCUGGAACUGUUGUCCAGCCCAGUGGAGAGUCCGGGUUGGGACCCGUGGAUCAGUCCAGUGGAAGGUCUUGGGCUGAGACCACAGGCCAAGCCAGUGCAGCAUCCAGGCUUGGGACCGUAGCUCCAUCUGGUGGUGCAGCCUGGCCUAGUACUGCGGACCAGGCUGGUGGCGUAUCUACAGCAGGGGCUGCAGACCAGUCUAGUGGGUCUUGGGCUGGCGCUAGGAACCAGUCCUGGACUGGGACUGGUGGUCAGUCUGAUGGUGGAUCCAAACCUGGUUUUGUGAACCAGACCGGUGAUGUAGGGUCUUGGACUGGCACUAUUGGCCAGGCCACUGCAGGGUCCAAGUCAGUGCCUGAGGAUCAGUCUGCUGGAAGAUCAUGGGCAAAUUCUGGAGGCCAACUCAGUGGAGGGUUCUUGGUUGGGCCUUUGGGCCAGGCCAGUGCAGAAGCUCAGCCUGGGUCUGGAGAACUGACUGCUGGUGGAGUAGUUCAGUCUGGUGGAGAAUCUAGGAUGGGGUCUAGGGACCAGUCCAAUGCAGUGUCUUGGCCUGGCCCCGGAGAUCAGACCGGUACAUGGUACUGCACUUACACUUCGAAUCAGACCAUUGGAGGAGGCCCCUGGAGUGGGGCCAGUGGUCAGGUUAUUGGAGGGUUGAGGCCAGUGCAGGUGAACCAGCCUAGUAGUGGGUCCUGGCUUGGCACUGGGACUCAGGUCAGUGGUGUGUCGUGGACUGGUGAUCAGGUUGUUGGCUGUUCCAAACCUGGAUUUGAGCAUCAGGCCAUGGGAGGAGGAUUCUGGACUGGUGCUGGGGACCAGACCACUGCAGGGUCCAGGCCAGCUGUGUCUGAGGCUCAGUCUAGUGGAGGAGUUUCUUGGGGUGGAGCUGGUGGUCAUGUCGUUGGAGGGUCCUGGGUUGGGUCUGUGGAUCAGACUAAACCUAAAUUUGAAGACCAAGCAUGUGGAGGAAGCUCUUGUCCUGGAUCUAGGUCUAGUAAUGAAGCCAGUGGAGGAUCUAGGCUAGACACUCAAGACCAGGCCAAUGGGAGAUUCCUUGUCAGUGCUGAGGUGGAGGCCAAUGAAGGAUUUUGGUUUGGGCCUGGGAGUGAGGCCUUUAUAGGGUCUUGGUGCUUGACAGAGGAGGCUACUAUUUUGCCUGUAGCUAGUUUAAAAAACAAGACCAGCGACUCCACCACGUCAGGGACUAGUAAAAAAAACUUCGUUAGUUCUGGGUUGACUGAUGAAAAGAAGCCAAGUACCGAGUCCUGUACCAGAUCUGAGGAGACGGCUUUGACAGGCGCAUGUGUUGGAGGUGAGGCUGCCACCGUGACUGGAGAUGAGGCUGAUGUUGACACAGAGGCCAAGGUUGGAACUGAGGCUGGAGCUGGGCCUGAAGCUGGAGCGGAGACAGAGCCUGUGGCAGAGGUGGGAGUGGAGACUAGGACAGAGGCUGGGGCAGCAGCUGUGGCUGCCGCUGAGUCUGAGACUGGUGCUGAGGCUGCUCCUAGAGUUGAGGCAGGUGCUGGGUCAGAAGCCGGAAUGGGGUUUUGGUCCUGGGAUGGAGAUGCAGCCACUGAAGGGUCUAGGCUUGGGGCUGAGGCAGAGGCUGGAGUUGGGGAAAAGGCUGAGGCUGAAGCUGGGACGGAGAAUAGCAUGGGAAUUUGGUUCUGGGAUGGAGAUGCAGCUACUAAAGGGUCUAAGCUUGGAGUUGAGGCAGAGGCUAAGGCUGGAAUUGGGACAGGAGCAGGGGCAGGGGCAGGGGCAGGGGCAGGGGCAGGGGCAGAGGCUGAAGCUGUGACUGAGACCAGCAUGGGAUUUUGGUUCUGGGAUGGAGAUGCAGCCUCUAAAGGGUCUAGGCUUGGGGCUGAGGCUGAGGCUGGAGUUGGAGCAGGGACUGAGGCUGUGUCUGAAUCUGUGGCUGAGACCAGCAUGGAAUUUUGGUCCUGGGAUGGAGAAGCAGCCUCUAAAGGGUCUAGACUUGGGAUUGAGACUGAGGCUGGAGCUGGAGUCAUGGCCGAGACAGGGGCUGAGACCAGAAUGGGGUUUUGGUUUUGGAAGGAAGACUCAACCACCAAAGGGUCUAAGCUUGAGGCUGAGGCUGGGGCUGGAGUUGUUGCAGAGGGUGGGGCUGAAACCAGAAUGGAGCUUUGGUCCUGGGAUGGAGAUGCAGCCUCGAAAGGGUCUAGGCUUGGGACAGAGGUAGAGGCUGGCUUAGGGUCUUGGACUUUUUCUACGAAUGUAAAUGAUGAUGAUGAUGAAGAGGACGAGCUAAGUAGAGAAUCCAGCCCUGGUAUUGAAGAGAUCAGUCUAAGAAACUUGUUUGGGGCUGACAAUGAGGACAGUAAUGAUCUCAGAUCUACAAAUGAAAAUGAUGCCAAUUCUGAAUCUGGGACUGGGGAUAAGGCCAGCACUAAAGAUAAGUGUGCUGCUGCUGAUGGAGUUGACAUAUGGUCUUGGUUCUGUACUGGUAAUGAAAACAGAUGUGAUGGUGAUGAAUCUACAUCUCAGGUGAAAGCCAAAAGGUCAGCUGAACCAAGCGACAUUUAUCCGUCCAUGGUCCCUGGGGCAGGAAUGGGUGUAUGGGAUGGAACUAUAGUUUGUUCAGAAAGCAAGCUAUUACACCAAAGCAGCUUUCUAGGUGAAGAUGGCUUCAGAAAGCAAGCCGGUGCCGGAGACAAGGUGCAUUCUUGCAACUGCCGCUGUAGACGGGAUGCUAAUCUGGACCCGGAAGAUCUUGAAAGACUCAUUUGCAUGAUUGAAAUGACUGAAGAUCCUUCUGUUCAUGAAAUAGCCACAAACGCACUGUAUAACAGUGCUGAUUAUCCUUAUCCCCAGGAAAUUGAUCGGAAUAUAGGUGGAAUUUCGGUUAUCCAAAGCUUACUGAGUAAUCCCCAUCCUACUGUCCGGCAAAAGGCUUUAAAUGCUUUGAAUAACAUCUCAGUUGCUGCUGAAAAUCACAGAAAGGUUAAGACAUAUUUAAGUCAAGUAUGUGAAGAUACUGUCACCUGUCCCUUAAAUUCAAAUGUGCAAGUAGCUGGACUAAGACUGAUAAGACACCUGACUAUUACUAGUGAAUAUCAGCAUAUGGUUACCAAUUAUAUUUCAGAAUUUCUCCGUUUGUUGGCUAUGGGAAGUGGAGAAACUAAAGACCAUGUUUUGGGAAUGCUUGUGAAUUUCUCUAAAAAUCCAUCCAUGACAAAAGACUUGCUCAUUGCCAAUGCACCAACAGCACUGAUUAACAUUUUUAGCAAGAAGGAGACAAAAGAGAAUAUCCUUAAUGCCCUUUUACUUUUUGAAAAUAUAAAUCGUCAUUUUAAAAAAAGAGCAAAAACUUAUCCCCAAGACAGGUUCAGUAAAAGUUCCCUUUUCUUCCUCUUUCAACGACCUAAAGCCUGUGCCAAGAAACUUAGGGCCUUAGCAGCAGACUGUAGUGACCCAGAGGUGAAAGAAAGAGUUGAGGUGUUAAUAAAUAAACUCUGAUUGGCUAUGUGUUCCCCCUUAAAGUUUGAGUAACAUUUUAAUUUCAUACCCUGGACAUGUUGUACAUUGUAAAUCGCAUUAGAACUUUGAAACUAAAUGUUGCCUAUGAGAGUCUAUAGCUGGACAAUUUUAUGGACACCAAAUGAAUUCAAGCUUGUUCUGGAAAUACAUAUGUCAAUUUUUAUCUUGUCUGGAUUGAGAUAUUUUUAGUAUGCUUCAUGAGCAGAAAUGGAACUGAUUCUUCAUAAGUAAGGUAA